CAUAGAGUACAUUAUAAUACAUAGAAUAUACAUAACGCUAUCAAUUGUAAAUUGUCUAACUGACAAUCACAAUAUAGAACUAAAUUUUAUAAAUCUUUCUUUCAUUGUGACGUUUUGUUGGAUAGAAGACGAAAUAAUAAAAUGGUUAACGUACCAAAACAACGCAGGACUUAUUGCAAGAAAUGCAAGGUUCACAAAGUACACAAAGUGUCACAGUACAAAAAAUCCAAGGAAAGGCAUGCUGCUCAGGGUAGAAGACGUUAUGACCGCAAACAACAAGGUUACGGUGGACAGUCAAAGCCCAUCUUCAAAAAGAAGGCUAAAACUACUAAGAAAAUUGUGCUCCGUCUUGAGUGUGCAGAUUGCAAAGUGAGGUCCCAAGUGGCUCUAAAGAGAUGUAAGCACUUUGAGCUUGGAGGAGACAAAAAGAGGAAGGGACAGAUGAUUCAGUUCUAGAUUGGUUAAUAAAUAAGUCACAGCA